UUCGCUACUGCUCAUUCCUCAUGGCGUCUAAACAGCCGCCGCGUAAAUUGUUGCGGAAACGUCCACGUCCAAGUUAUAACGAGACGACUUCGGACGAUGAAGGGCAUAAUUGUUCGUCAUCAGGAGACACUAAUUUUAGUAAUGAAUCACGUCCAUUCGGUGCUUUGCCAAAGAAUGUUUCAGAUUGGACGAUAUUUGAUCUUGACAAAUUAGCCAUAUUCUACGACCGAACUGCUAAACCAACACCAUCCGAUGUUCUUCAGUUAGUAACAGACAAAACUGGUUUUUAUGGAAAUUUAACAAUAGAACAACAAGAAGUUAUGAAAGUAAUUAUAGAUAACCUUGACUUUGAUCUCAAAAUAGAAGAACAAAAAUUGAAACAACAACAGUAUGUGGAAGGAAUUAUCACGGAGCUACGUCUAACAGAAGACAAAUUACAAAAACAGAUGGAACCCAUCUCGUCGCAUAAACAGUUUAUGAUUUGUAGCUAUGCUUUAGACUUUAUUACAGAAGUAAAACGUGUGAUAUAUAAGAUGGCUUAUUACAACUUGGGAAAAGAGGCAGUGCCGGAAUCAUUUUACACAUCCUUAACAUCAAGUUUUACAAGAAUUUGCCAGCUGACACCUGUACCAGGAUUACUGUAUAAAACUAAACUGCAAAUUGAUACAGUUAAAGUGACAUCAAUUCCUGAUCUUGUGUUGGAGAAGAAAAAGAAUAUCACUUCAGCAUCAUCAGUUGUGUCUAUUAUAGAGGUGAAGAAAGCUGUCAUAACAGAAGCUGAAGAAAACAAAGUAGAUGAAGACGGUAAAAAAUCAAAAGCUCAUAUUCAACACUGGCUUAGUGAGAAAGUUUUAGGUCAACACGGAGGAGAACUUCUCUUAGCAUGGAAUUCUUUGGAAACAGAAUAUGUUCCGGGUAUGAUUGCUGUAGGAACCAAGAUCUACCAACAAUGGAAACUCCAAUUUCCUAUCCAAAAAGGAAAAGAAUUCCUAGAAAAAUAUAUACUCCAAGCAGCAGUAAAGUAGCUGAAAAGCAAGAAAACAAGAAAAGUAAGAAUUGCUGAUUUGUAUUAUUGGUUUCUGUUUUGGUCACUUAGCCUGAAAGGCUUGCAAGUUUUUGCCAUCACUAAGCAUUUUCAUCCAUUAUUUAUCGUCUGUCUGUUGUCCAUCCAUCCAUAAUUUAUGUUUUAUUUUGUUCUAAAACAUCAAACGGACAGAUGGAUCAGUAUAAACAAUAUGCCCUUCACUUAUUGUCACGGUGGCACGAAAAAGGCGUCUAAUUUUCCAUCUAGUUGUAAUUUGACCAUGUCAUGAAUAUUGUCCAAGUCCCUUCCAACAACAAUCGUCAAUUUAAGGAA